AUGGUAUUAAAAUUUGUUAUACUUGCACCACAGAAGAGUAACAUUACCACAUCAUCAUCAUCAUCAUCAUCAUCAUCAACAUCAUCAUCAUCAUCAUCAACAUCAUCAUCAUCAUCAUCAUCAUCAUCAACAUCAUCAUCAUCAUCAAUGACACAUACACCUAUAAUAACAACAACAAAUACAUCUUUAGUUACGGUUACCACUACUAACCAGCAGUCAGGAUGGAUCAAUGUUGGCAACAUGAAUUAUCGACGAAUGGGGUUUGCAGCAUCCUUAUUAACAAAUGGACAAGUAUUAAUUGCUGGAGGAUGGAAUAAUAAUGGUCUUGAUGUCGAAAGGAGUGCUGAAUUGUACGAUCCAUCGACAGGAACUUGGAUAUUAACUGGUAGUAUGAGCUAUGGUCAACGGGUGGCAAAAGCGUUCUUAUUAACAAAUGGGAAAGUGUUAGCUAUUGAGGGAAUAGGUAGUAGUUUUCAAGAAGGUAAGGGUGAUCUAUACGAUCCAUCCACAGGAACUUGGAUAACUACUAGCAGUAUGACUCAAAUAAGAAAUUUUUACACAGCAUGUUUAUUAGCAAAUGGACAAGUGCUAGUAAGUGGUGGAUACAAACCUUUGAGCGUGGAAGGUGAAGGCAUUGCUGAGUUGUACAAUCCAUCGAGAGGAAAUUGGACAGCUACUGGUAGCAUGAUUCAUCCACGAGAAGGUCACACAGCAUCCUUAUUAACUGAUGGACAAGUAUUAGUUGUUGGUGGAUGGAGCAGUCAGAUUUUUUUCAAUAACGUUGAGUUAUACAAUCCAUCAACAGGAACUUGGACAUUGACUGGCAGUAUGGACAUUGGUCGACGAGUUCACACAGCAACAUUAUUAAAAAAUGGAAAAGUUUUAAUUACUGGUGGAUGGAACGGUGUUAUGAUUUUGAAAAGUGCUGAGUUAUACAAUCCAUCAAGUGGAAUUUGGACAACUACUGGUAGUAUGAACUAUCGACGACAGGAUCACACAGCAACCUUAUUAGAAAAUGGAAAAGUUUUAGUUACUGGUGGAGCAACAAUUGACAGCAAUAAAGCUGAAAACAGUGCUGAGUUAUACGAUCCAUCAAGUGGAAUUUGGACAACUGCUGUUAGCAUGAACUAUCGACGACAGAAACACACAGCAAUCUUAUUAAAAAAUGGAAAAGUAUUAGUUGCUGGUGGAGUAACCGGUAAAAUACUGUCAACCGGAAGUGUCGUUUUAAGCACCGCUGAGUUAUACAAUCCAUCAACAGGAACUUGGACGACUACUGAUACUAUGGUUAGUGAACGACUGAGUUAUGCUGCAUCGGUAUCAGGAUAUACAGAAGUAUUAGUUAGUGGUGAAUGA